AUGGGUCGGUUCAAGAUCUGCGGAUCAGCAACAGCUUGCUUGAAAUCGGAAAUAGUAUGCAGAAGACAUUUUGCUGCAGAUUCCGCAACGUUAAACAGAUCUCUUCUGUUGCUGAAAGUAAAAGCGGAAAAUGCAGUGGAAAUGAACAAAACAGCCACACGUCUGCUGCGAAUUGAAGUCAGAGAUGUCAACGAUAAUUUGCCAAUCUUUUCGGAGAUUCGCAGUUCAGUACCUUUAGUAUUCAUAAUUCAAUCGGGUAAUACGGUUGUUGGACGAUUGAAAGCAGUGGAUAUAGAUGAUGCACCAUACAAUUCGACAUAUUACUAUAUGCUACCUAGCUGUUCAAAUCGAGAUGGCAUAUUCACUGUUGAUAAACGAACUGGCAUUAUUUCGGUAAUAAAUCCCAACGAUCUCAAAUAUGAUGAAUAUCACUUGUGUGCUUUAGCUAGUGCCUUCAAUAUGUCCAAGACACCGGAAAUAGCAUUUGACAGUAAUAAUGCAAGUAUGAUUGCAUUUACAGUACGAAUCGAAACAAAUAACGCUGUAGAGCAAGCGAAUAAAAUGAAGCAUCUUUUCGAAAACAAUACUAUCAGCAUAUUUGGAAUUGAUUCAGCAUUAACAAUACCAGUGACUCAGCUGAAAACUCAUCAACCAAUAAUCACAUAUCAGCUUGGAUCAAUGCGAUUCACACCUGCCGAAAAUGAAGAAAUACCCACUGAAUCAGCACCAUACUUCUCAGUCGACCCUAUAUCAGGCGACAUCCGCAUUGAUCCAAUGCUUGGUGAUUACGCGGAAGGUGUGUUCACGUUUGAUAUUGUUGCUACUCAACAACGAACAACUACUGAAUCCUUACAAAUUGCACAUAUUGUUAAACAGGUACAUAAUGUGAAACUUCCAUCGCUGCUAAAAUUUAUCUUCGAUCAGAAUGCUCAUCUUCUAGGAUUGAAUCUUGAGGAUUUUAAACAACAUCUGCGCAAUGCAUUGAAAAUGGAACCAACAAUGUCCGACAUUUCUGUAAUUUUUGGCUCACCUCACAUUUACGAAUCAGCGGGACGAAACAGGCUUGUGCUUCAAAAUUUAAUUUUAUCUGACUUUUUUUUAGACUAGUCAUCGGUAUGCUUUCACUCCUUACGCAAUGGAAUAAUCCUCGGACAGGAAAGUGCCAUUUCAAUACUUUCUGCAACGUUGAAUGGUAGAGGCACGCUAUCACGCCUUUACCAAGUAUUUAAAGUAGCUAAUAUAGAGCCAUGCGUUGAGCCAAUUCGUACAUUAUCAUCUGGCUUAAUGAUAUCACGUUCAGCAUUAUUUUGGGCUGGCUUCUCACUCGUUGGCAUCUUAAUAUUACUGUCAUUUUGUAUAUACGCUUGUUUUAUCAUCCGUUAUAAGAACUAUUUGAAUAUGAAGAAAGCAUCUCUUGGUCAAUUUUUCUUUGAUUUUUUGAAUUCAGCAUGA